CUUUUUUUGCCCCUGUCUUAUAUAUAAUAUACUUACUUACACACUUACACGAACUUCCAACACCGUUCGCGGACUUCAGUCGAGUUCAACCCGCGGACCGAUAGAGGAGACGUUCGCUCGCUGUUGUCCAUUUGAAUAACACCAAUUAUUACCCAACUCCAAUAUCAAACCGAUUCAAACCAUUAUUAUUAUUAUUUACUCAAGUGAGCCGUUGUCGCCGCCUUCAGUGGACAUGCCGUCAGUAGCCGCCGCUAGUGAACUGUCGACGGUUUUCCAGUUCCGCGUCUCGCUGUUGAACAACGAGUUCGAAGUGUGGAGAAGCGUGCAAAUGCCCAGUGACUUCACGUUCCACGAUCUGCACGCGGCCAUUCAGUUCGCCAUGGACUGGGAAGGCGUCGACAAGGAUAAUCAUUUCUUCGAGGCAAUCGACAACUUGGACGGCACUACGCACACAAUCGGUUCGCCGGGGCCCUGCGUGUUCGAUGAACGCACGGUGAAGCUGAGCGAUUAUUUCUUGGAAGUCAACGACUCGGCCAACUACUAUUACGACUACGACACUGCUUGGCUCCACCGUGUCGACUUGGAGAAAAUAUUGCCGGCCGGCGAGGACAAGGUGUAUCCGGUUUACGUCGAAGGCGUCGGCCUUUAGAUCCGGCCAGCGUAUGGCAAUGUUUUCAAUAUUAAUCCGUAUGUAUGUGUGUGUGUUUAGAUUUCGGUGUGCUUUAACUUCUUUACGUGUGUGUUUGGAAACUUUAUUCUUUGUGUACAAGGUGAUUGACUUAACGCAACACAUGAGGCAAUCGUUCAUUUACAUUUUACUGUAACGCGUAACUUUUUCCAGAAUUUUCUGACUAAAUUACCGUCCGAGCUGGACGAUCGUCGAUUAGUAUUUUAAAAAUAUUACGUUUACCUAAAGAUAGUCGUUAGAAAAUAAAUCAAUAAAAAUACUUAUAACGGAACAAAUUCGG